AUGUCUCUGUCCAAAGGAGGGAAGAGGAAGAAUCCCGGGCUCAAAUUGACUAAAGACGUGUUUAAGCCGCCAUCACCAGCAGCCACAGCACCCCCUCGAGAUCUCGACUCCAAGGCCUGUGUCACAAUUGGAGACAGGAACUUUGUGGUGAAGGCUGAUGACUUGGAGCAAAUCACGGAGCUGGGGAGGGGGGCCUACGGAGUGGUAGACAAGAUGAGACAUGUGCCCAGUGGCGUGAUCAUGGCUGUCAAGAGGAUUCGGGCUACCGUCAACACUUUGGAGCAGAAGAGGCUUUUGAUGGACCUGGACAUCUCCAUGAGGACUGUAGACUGCUUCUACACUGUUACCUUCUAUGGGGCACUCUUUAGAGAGGGAGAUGUUUGGAUCUGUAUGGAGCUCAUGGACACCUCUUUGGAUAAGUUUUAUAAGGUGGUUUUGGAGAAGAGCAGAACUAUCCCAGAGGACAUCCUGGGCAAGAUCAAUGUAGCCAUCGUCAAGGCGUUGGAGCAUCUGCACAGUAAUUUGUCCGUUAUACACAGAGAUGUGAAGCCUUCAAAUGUUCUCAUUAACACUUUGGGCCAAGUGAAAAUGUGUGACUUUGGCAUCAGUGGCCAUCUGGUGGACUCUGUGGCUAAAACUAUGGACGCAGGAUGCAAGCCAUAUAUGGCGCCGGAACGGAUCAACCCUGAUCUGAACCAGAAGGGCUACAGUGUCAAAUCAGACAUUUGGAGUCUGGGCAUCACAAUGAUUGAACUUGCAAUUCUGAAAUUUCCAUAUGACCCCUGGGGCACACCGUUCCAACAGCUCAAGCAAGUGGUGGAUGAGCCUUCUCCACAGCUGCCUGCCGACCAGUUUUCCCCUGAGUUUGUAGACUUCAUCUCCCAGUGCCUAAGAAAAAAGCCAAAUGAAAGACCUGCUUACACAGAGUUGAUGAAUCAUCCCUUUUUCACCCUGCAUGACUCCAAAGACACAGACGUGGCCGGGUUCGUGACGGCCAUCCUGGAUGACUGA